GCAUGUAGCCCAGGAGCUGAGGCGGGGGUCAGCGUCUCGCGUAGUACACCGCGCGGCUAAUCACUCUAUUCCAGCCCUGCGCGUAUGGGCAGCGACGAUCCAAACGGAGUGAUGUUGGUAACAUCUCUGAUGAGGUGAUUCAAUCGAUGGGUGAAGCGUGGCAAAACCCUUAGCCUUCUUCUACAAUCUGCUCACAAGCCUAGACGCCGCACAUGAUCCUUGGUUUGGCUUUUCGCGCUUUUCGACGGCACACGACGGGAGAGAAAGACGUAACAUUUGUGGAGACAGACAAUGAAGAUAUAAAAGGAUGCGGGGAUUGCGGACGAGAUGGAGUCUUGCACUAAACGUGGGGUAGCAUCGAGACAAAGCAUCUAGCCAUCCACUUGAUCAAAUGCACACGAAGACGUGAACCAGACCACUGUACCCUGAUAACCGUUCCUGCGUAAAGGGUAGUUAGUCAUACACCAAACCGCAACCAUGAACUCACCCAUAGAUCUCCCAAAAGGAGAUGCUCCAACCCUCGCACUCGUCCGUCCCACCGAGGCGGAAAAGUUCAUCCAGUUCAACCUCAACGGCGCCGAAUGGCGCGGCGCCCUUUCUCUCGCUACAUACCUGCGCCGUGAAGCCACCCUUUCGCAGCAGGCCCUCACGCGAGACGACGGCAUCAGCUACUGGAUCCUUGUCGACACGUCCAUGUCAAGCAAUCCCUUGGACCCAUCUUCAGGAACCCGUCUACCGCUCGCGAGUUGUGAGACGUACCGCAAGAAGGCGCUGGUUUGGCAAGAUGGGAGAGUGCAAGAGUUGAUAAGUCAUGGAAUCGGAAGUGUAUUUUGUGCGCCGCACUUGAGAAAGAGAGGGUAUGCUCAGAGGAUGAUGAAAGAACUGGGGAAGGCGUUGAAGACGCAUCAGACGAGCGAGGGGAGGGAGUGUUUGUUUUCGGUGCUGUAUUCUGAUAUCGGGAAGACAUUCUACAAUGCUCUGGGCUGGGAGCCGUUCAACUCGUCGCACGUCUCCAUCCCAGGAAGCGUUUCUAAACACGUAGAUGCAAACAGUCUCCCGACUGCCCGGCCGCUGUACGCAGAGGAUCUGGAUGAGCUGUGCAAAAUCGACCAAGCUCUCAUGAGACGGAGUCUGGAGUUGCGGUCAAAGAGCAGCAAGACUGCAAUCGCACUUUUACCAGACAUCGAGACUGUCGAGUGGCACCAUGCGCGAGAGGAGUUUGUAGGGAUGGAGCUUCAUGGUAAGGUACCGAAAGUCAAGGGAGCUGUGGUGGGCACAGAGCAGGGGAAGCGAGUCUGGUGCUAUUGGACUCGCGUGUGGUACAACGCAAACCCAGCCGAAGCCAAAGGAAACACACUCCAUAUACUGAGGAUAGUCGUUGAGGACGAAGAUGAUCUUAGCCGAGUAGAUGGAAGCUCAACAGACCACAGCCAUGACGCCGCAAUAGCAGCGCUGCUAGCGAUGGCGCAACGAGAGGCGGAGGAGUGGAGGUUGGAGCACGUCGAAGCAUGGAAUCCUACACCUGCCACUGUUUCAGCGGCUCAAAAGCUGGAGCCAGGUGCGGAGGUGGUCGAUAGGGAUUCUGAGAGUAUCGCGAGCCUGCAGUGGUAUCCGCAGCACGAUGGCCCAGUAGCGGACAAGAUUGACUGGGUCGGCAACGAAAAGUAUGGAUGGUGUUGAGGUGUUGGUGAAUGAUCAAAAGAUCAUAUAUGGCGUUGCUCGCGGAUGAAUAAAAUUGGGUGGGCAUUGGGGGAUGCUAUGUAUCUGUUAGUAGAAAUAUCUAGAAGAAAGCUACAUUCUUCUUUGCAGAAUAUCACAUCCUUACC